AUGGCCUUGGCGAUUCAAGAAGCAGCGGUCGUCAUUUGUUUCAUGACGCCAAAAUAUCAGGAUUAUCCGUUUUGUAGAAAAGAAUUACAAUAUGCUGGUGAUCUACGAAAACCGAUCAUUCCGUGUCUAUUAACACCUGACUGGCUACAAAGCAACUGGCUUGGAUUUCUUACAGCCGGUUUAAUUUGGCUCGAUUUUCGUGAUAUAUCUGACGAUAAUAUAGAACAGAAAUUACAGCGAAUGAUUGAUUUCAUUCAUAUUCUAACUCGAGAUGUAUUUAAAAAGAAUGUUGGAGAGAAACAGUUUGAUCUACAUGUUUCAUCUCAUUCUGCUAUUAGUGACAAAUGUAAAGUUGGAUUUCGUCAUUUUUAUCGACAGCACGCCGAUCUCAUUGUUAUUGAUACACCUGGUUUUUUUAAGAACGAAAAAGAUAUAGAAGAACCCGUUCGAUUGGCUAUUAACAAUGGAGUUUGUGCAGUACUAUUAACACUAUCCAUAGAUUUUGGCCUUACUAAUCAAGAAGAAAAAAUGAUCGACACAUUGACGGAUAUGUACGGUGACAAAAUCUUUCGACAUAUGAUUAUUGUUUUUACUGGUUUGGAUAAAAUAGAUGAAGAUUUUUCAAUAUUUAUUGAUCAGCAAUGUAGUUCAUCAUUGAAGAAAUUUCUUGAACGAUGCUUUAAUCGAUACAUUGCCAUCGAUAAUAAUGCCAAUGUGACAGAUAAAGAUGAAUUUAUAUCGAAUUUAAUAGAUAUUGUCAUGCGAAUGUCUCAUUCGACUAGUCAAGGGUCAGAUUUAUCCCCGUUAGUAAACAGUUAUAUGAUUGAAUAUGAGGAGUUUCAUGAACAAUAA